AGUAAACUUUUGGAUGGGUAUGGGAUAUUUUGCACUGUUGUGUUGUAUUCUGGUUAAUUUGAAGGAAGGAAGAGUUGUUAUGAGGAAAUGUGAAGUUAUAUCUCUAACGAUGUUUCUACUUGUUGCCUAAUACACCAAGGUAUUCACAGCAUAAUGGACAUAUUGUAAUAGUUUUUUUGUAUGCAGAGGAAAUUAGGAAUCAUGGGUACUGUUGAAAGAGACUUAAUGGAAUGCUGCAGUGGUUUAGAUUCCAACAGAGUUACAGAGAGAAAGAAGAGUAUGGAACGACUUUCAGAACUUCUGUUGGGCUCACAGGCAACAAAGCUCUUGGAUAGGAGUCACAAUGAAAACAAUGUAACAUGGGAUUCAGUAUUCCUAGCAGUACAUAGAUUAAUUUUGAAGGAAGCAGAUCGGUUCAGGAGUGAGGAGCAGAAGACACAAUCGUCAUCAUCUUCCCAAACAAAUCGAGAUAAUAUUAAGAUUAAAUGUUCGGCACUGAUUGAUAAUGUAGUUACAAAGGCAAUCAAAGGUCCUCCAAAAUUAAAGUGUUCAACUGUACUGUUUUGCAUUUUGCAAAUUUUAAAGGAUAGAUAUCUUCAGAAGUGUUUUGGCUGCACAUACUUGUUCAUUCUGAAGGCAGUGUUGAGAGUCAGGAAGUACUGGGGAGAUAUGAAGUCUGAUGAUUUGAAUGAGCUGUUGGAUAUGUGUUUUAUGUUGUAUGAGAAGCCACCUACAGGUUUGGAUAAGGCUACAAUGGGAGAAAUAUUAUAUUGGAUUGUUAAGUGUGGCACUCUUCAGUCACAUUUGGGACUUCAGCUUAGAAAGAAGUAUCCUAAUCUUGUUCGAGCAUUUGAGGAUUCCAACCUUGACAAAUUGCCAGCGUUACAAGCAUCUGUCCUUAAACUUGCAGUAACAGUUUCCCAGCAGCUAGCAAAGGAGAAUAGAAUGGCAACAUGUAAAUUUGGAGAAGAUAUUAUCACACGUGUUAUUGGCUUGUAUGAGAACAGACAAGAAGAUCGUUAUGAUAAGAAGGGUUUGAUGUUUGACUUCCUCUUACUUCAAAUGCAUCUUCACCACCCCUAUGGCACAAAAGAAGGUGAGGGUGCAGCAUAUGCCUAUAGUUGGGAAAAAUGGCGAAGCCAAUUGAAGUCUCUGUAUGUCUUGGUAGACACAGAAAUACACAAUAUUCAACGCAACAGGUGCAAGGUACAGGUGCUCAGGGAAAACUUCUUGCAGUUGGCUGUUGAAGUCUGCAAGCAGGUAUUUGAUGAUAGCAGCAAUGUAUUGGAUGUAACAAAUGCAUAUGCCCUCAUUGAGAAUAUUUCCUAUUCUGUGCCAAAAAGGAGACGAGUUGUAUCAGGAAUCCAGGCCAUCAUAGAAGUCUUGAGCACACCAGGGAAAACACAAGACCUUUGGCCUUGGCUCUCUGUAAUGAGUUCCCUCUACUCCAAGUAUCCAAAUAUUUUGAAGGAACAGGAUUUUAUUGCAUUGGUACGCCUAGUAGCAGAGCUACAGAGCACUUGCAAAGAUGCCAUUGUAAUGGGAUACUUAUGUCAAUGCUGUGAGUCAUUGCUUAAAGUGGAGAAGAUUAUGAACCAUGUCCAGUUGAAUGAGGAGAUCAGUUUGUUGUGGUUAAAAGUUUGGGAAACCACACUGAGAACUGUGGGUCUGAACCAGAGUGAGGAGAGGAGCCAUAGGUUGCUGCAAGCAAUGAUACUACAUCAGAAAACUCAGCAACCCUCAAUUCUUAUUCACAUGUUCUUGAAGGGAACAAUCCAGCUCUCUGAACAUAGCAUGCAAACAUUGCAAGUGAUUUUAAAGUGCUGUGAUUUACCAGAAACUCUGGAAGCAUUUCACAACAUUCAGUCAAGAGUACCUUCUUAUCAAACUGCUAACCAGAGACCUGAAUCUUUGAGAUGUGCCUUAUUAGAUUGGUUGUUACCAAACAAAGAAGACUUGGGACUUACAGAAUUGAACUUGGUACCAAUUAUGCCCUCACUUAUGUCAAGGUUACUUGUUGAACUUGUUGUUAAAUCACACUGUGAUAUGGAUGACAGUUGUGUGAGUGAAAACACAUGUGUUCAAAAGUUUGUCACAGAUUCUAUUGAAGAUGAUUAUAUGAUAAGUUCCUUUGAGAUGGGUCUCUUGUUGAAAAACUGCAAUAAUGUAUUAUCUUGUACCAGCAAGGAGAAUAAUCAUAAUUCCAAGUUAGCCAUUGCAUCAGCCAAAGAUAAGUUAAUAGAACUUCUGAAACGAGAUUGCUCUAUGGUCACAGAAAGGAUGGUAAUACCUCAAGAUUCUACUACCAAGCUGAAAGUACUCACAGAUUAUAUUUCACAUUGUUUGCUUAUUAUAAGUACACUGUCAUGGAUGCUGAAGUGGAAUGUAAUUACAUCACAUAAUCUUCCUACAUUUAGUCUUACUGGCAUUGUUCGAAAAAUGAUGGAUUAUUUAGCUUCAUUUGCAAGUAGAAUUCUUGUAGCAUCCAGAAUGGAGAGGAACUUAUCUGUUGUGAUGUGUGUGUUGCACAAGCUGCGGCAGCUCUUUGAGGUUGAGCUUCAUGAAGAUGUAAUGAGACUUUUGCAGGAGCUGACACCUACAGAGCUGCUGGAUGCUGUGCACAGCGUAACUACAGUGAAACAUAUGCAAGGAGCAAUGGCCAUGGAUUGUGAUGAUGUAGCUGUGGACUCUUCAGGCUCAAACAUCGUUGAAGAAGCAUCAUGUUCUCUUCUGGAUGUGCAACUGUUAACAGAAGCAGAGAAAGUUCAAACAGAAGCUGUUGGUUUACUGUGCUCCUAUAGCUGUUGUCUCACAGGUAAAAAGUUAAGUAAUCAAAGCAUUGUCUCAUUGACUCAUUUGCUACAGUUAUUACUGGAAGACAAGCAGCCAACUAGUUCACUUUGUUAUUUUCAAAUGGCCGUUGCUGUGACAAGAAGAGCUUUAAACUGUCAAGAACUCGAAGAUGUUCAUGUGGCUUUAAUUCUGAAGGUUAUCCAGACCUUGUGUAGAAAACAUUAUCUGGAUCACGAAGCAGCUGUUAUCAUUCAACAGCUUCUUUGUGGUGUGUUCAGACAUGUACAAGACAGAGCAUCAAGAGAAAAUUCAGUGGUGUUGUUAAAGGCUUUCCAGAAGAAUGUGGAUGUUAAGAAGAAAUAUGGCCCAGAAGUCAGCAUUCAGUAUAUCAGAUGUCUGGGUGAGCUGGCAAUGGUUGAUCCCAAUUUCGUGUGGGCUACAUGGGAGUCUGGAACACUAGUUGAUGAUAGUGACAUUGUAGGUCAAAAAACACCAAUUGCAGAGGAAGUGCUAAUUCAUAUGAGGAGCCCAUUCCAUGAAAUGAGGAUGACAGCAGUGAACUACGUUGUUACACUCUUCACCCCACAAAAUGGCAUGAGCCUUAAUGCUGAUCGUCUUGCGUGGCAAAAUAGAAUGUUUGAAAAACUGCGAAAUAUCGUUAUGUCAUCCUUUAUUGUUGAGGGUGAUUUAACGAUGGAGGAGAAGGUUGAUGAAAGUGCAAACCGAACUGCUAGCGCAUUGCAUUGUUUUGCUGCACUGAUUGUUGUGAGUCCAUUGUUCCGCAAGAAAGCGUUGUUUACCAUACUGCAGCUUGUGAAGGAGAAGAAUUUAAAUUCUGAGUUGGUUCACAAGGUACUUGUGCUUGUGGGGAAAAGCUUGAAGUUACCUGAUGUAAUAAAAUUAAUGGAGAGUAACCUAAGUUACAUGUUAGUACAUUGGAUACAACAACAGUAUGCACUUCAGGAUUUCCCAUUGGUACUUUUGAAUUGCGAGUCAGAUACUGAAUUUUUCACCAAAUAUGAAGAGAUGAUUGUUCCCAUUUUGCUGCAAAGGGAAGAGAAUGAAUCUUUGGAGCUCAUAUCUGUUAAAGUUGGCAAGACAAUGGCUGACUUAAUGAAGACAUGUUAUCCUCGUAUUAUUGCUGGUCUGGUGCCAUGUUUUGCUGCUGAUUUAUCUGAUGGUCUGGUAGACAGGGAAAUGCAAGUUGCCAAUCGUCUACAUUCCAAGUUAGAACAGAUUCUUUCCAAAGACACAAUAACUUACCUCCUAAACUGUCAACUGGAUAUGGUUAUUGUCAGUAUAAUGAGACUGCUUUUUGACCCACAACACUUUGGUGAGCUCUGUGGAGUUGCCAGAGAGUCCUCAUAUGAUCCAGAUCCACCUUACUUCAAUAUUUGCACAAUUAAAAAAAGCCUUCUAUAUCUGCAGGAGAAUUCUCCAAAACCAGAGCUCUCUCUUGUUGCAUACUUGUGUAAAGAAAGUUCAGAUCACAUACAGAAGGUGCUCCUGUGCCUUGCUAUAGAUAUUCACCAAGCACCAACACUUGAAGAUAAACUGAACUGUCUCCAUCAUUAUGCUACAUUUGCCCAUAUCCUGGUUGAAGAACUGGGUGUCAAUGGGGAUGGGCUAGGUGACAUGGCCACAUUUGUUAUUAGAGAUGUUUCACAUACUCUUAUUUAUCUAACAAAACAAAGUUACCAAAAGGACGAAAUUCCAUUGGCUGUUGCAUCAUGUCACUUCUACAGACUUUUUUGCAGUAAAUGCUUCCCAAUGUGUGCCUCAGUUGUACAAACAUUCCUUAUAGUGAUUGUGAGUAUUCUUGUGCCCCUUGCCAAGUUGAAUGAUAAUUUGGGUGCAGAGAGUCGAGCACUGCUCAGGUUUCUUAUUCUUGAGAACAGUGAGCACUUGUCUUCGGCCAUUGAGAUGUUGGACCCAUUCCCAGAGAGUUCCAUAUUUGAAGAAAUGCGUGAGGUAUAUGCCAGAAUAGUACAAAAGAAGAGGUUUGAUACCCUUGAGGAGAGUAUUAGGCAUUUCCUGAAUGCUGGAAAUAAGAAUCUUGGCUGCAGAGCUGAAGGUCUGAAACAUCUGAGAACUCAGCUGUCAGAGAAAAAGCAAGAGUUGGCUAUGAUGUACAAGGCACUAAAUGACAUGAGGGGAUUUUCUGAGGACUGUGCUAAGAGUUUGCUCCAUCAGUUGAUAUGUGUGUUGGUUGAACUGACAUCUGUACCAGAUUUAAGAAUUAGAGAAGAAGCUUCAAGGUGUUUGGGUGAGCUUGGCCCUGCUGAUCUGACCACGAUGAUACUGAAACCAGAAAAAUGCCAGGAGUUGCAAGGGAAUGAGUUCAAAGAUAGUCCCAUCCUCAUGUUUACAGCUCACAUUGUGCGAGUUGCGGUGGAUUAUCUAGUUGAUGAGAACAUCAGUGUGGUGGAAGCAGCUAGUGCAGCCCUGUAUAAAAUUCUUGCAUCUUGGGAAGGUCAACAGGUCAUAGGUUCAAGUGGGUUUGAUGACCCAUUCAUAAUACCAUUCAAACCAGUCAGAUGUGCAAAGCGUGAAUCGUCAAUGACUGUAAAUGAAGACAUAUUCAGGGAAACAGUUGAUAUGGAUAACCUGUGGUGUCCUAUGGAAAAAUGCAGCCAUGAUAGAUGGGUGACUAAUUUGGUGUGCACUAUCUUGAAAACAUUCCCACAGGAAAAUUGCUUUAUGUCACAGUUGGUUCCUGUUUGCAGUGCAAAGAUGUCAUUUGCAGAACAGAUACUGCCAUUUUUAGUGUCUCUUGUUCUAAGUACAGGCAGUGAUGUCUGUAAAGCCGUCAUGAAUAGAUCCAUAUGCUACUUCUUUAGGAAUCACUUCGAGACUUGUCUCCAACUUGACAAGGAAACUAGAACUUCUCCAUUACCAGUUCUCAGGCAUUGUAAGGAACAAGUGUGUUUCAAUAGAGCAUCUGUGCAAUGUAUGCUAAAUAUUGUUCAUUUUGCACGACUUCAGAAAUGUUUGAAGCCUCAAGGAAGGAAGGAAGGCGUCAGUGCUCAGUAUCUAGAACUUAAUUAUCUGCAUGUUGCUGAAGCUGCCCAAUUCUGUUCUGCGUACUUCACAUCCAUUCUGUAUGCAGAACUGUGGUGUGACGAUAACAGGGAGAGCAUGGACAUUGAUUGUGCUGGUGGCCUGUCUCUGUCAUCACUAGAAUACAUCUGUAGCAAUAGUGCACAGAAUGGAAUAGCACUUCAAAAUAUAGUGAGAGAGGCUUACAAGAAGAUUGGCGAUAAUGAUGCUGUAUAUGGAUGUGGCUCGUCCCAUAUAUUAGACCCUCAAACCCGCAUUUUCCACUAUGAGUUGACCGGUAAUUGGCAAAAUGUGCUUCUGUCUUAUGACUUAGAGCUGUCCAAUGGGAAUGAAGAUGCCAUUGGAGGUAUGCUGUUUGCAUUGAGGAGGCUUGGCCUGUGUCAUAUUCAGAGUUCUUACUUGAGUGAUGGGAUGUAUUCUGAAUAUGAGGAUUAUCGAUACGAAUGUUGCUGGAGACUUGGACAGUGGAAUCAGUUAUCCACAGAAAACAGUAAACAAUUAAAUUACAAUAAAGCUGACAGUAGCAGUGGCCUCAAAUCACUGAUAACAAAAGGAGAAUAUGAGAAACAUCACUACAUAUCACUGAAAGCACUGCAUGAUUUAGAUUUUUCAAGUGUUGAAAGAGCAGUGUCAAGAGCAAGAAAGUGUGCGAUAAAUUCAUUAACACAUGCAAGCUUGGAGUGCAGCAAAAAUCUCUAUCUUGCUUUGUCACAACUUCAGACAUUGCAGGAGAUUGAGGACUUUGCAUCUGCAUGGCAAUCAGGAGAGGCUAUUAAUAUGGAAGCAGUUCUGGAUAAAUGGAAGAAGCAAGAUCAGCUCAGUCUCAGUGAAUUUCAGUACAUGGAACCAAUCCUUGCACAGCGAGCAGUAUUGUUGCAUAAUGCAAUGCUGAUGGAAAAGAAUGAUGAACUGAGACAACGGUUGGCUGAACACUUAGCUGAAAUUCAACUUAGCACAGCAAAACUAGCAAGGACUGAGGGCUGGCAUCAUGUAGGAGUUCGUUGUCUUCGUAUGUUGUCACAAAUUGGAAGAUUGUCAUCAGUUGUUGAAGGACGGUUGAAGCUAGAGGAAGCACAGCUAUCAUGGGGGAGAGGAGAUCGUGAAGUUGGUAGACAUAUCCUCCGUUCACUCCUUGGUGAACUGUCUUUGAUUUUUAAUGAGACUGAGGAGAACAGAUUGCUGUAUUCCUAUGCUCUUACUCUAUAUGGCAACUGGAUGGUUGAAACGAGGUCUGAAAACUCUCAGGUGAUUGUUGAGCGUUACUUCAUAAAAGCCCUACGAAUUCUCGAGGGAGUCAAGUACAAUGAGGAGAGCCAGCUGGAAACGUACUGCUCUCUGGCACGUUUUGUAGAUGCAGAGUAUCAACAGCUGAUGGGAAUAUUGAAGUCAUCUGCAUUUGAAUCAAAGCAGCAGUUCUUGACCAAAGCAACAGAAGAGGCAGAGAGACUAUUGCAACAAGAGAAUCGAACAAGGGAUGAGAAUAGGAAGAUACAGAUGUGCCAGAAAAUGAGCCGUAUUGAUGAGGCAGAGAUGAAAAACAGGGAGGAUGAAAAAAACAUGUACCUGAAACUGGCCCUGAAGUACUACCUCUUAAGCUUGGAACAUGGGGUCCAGCACAGCUUGCAGGUUUUCCGUUUAACUUCUUUGUGGCUGGAGAACACUGUGCAUGAAGAGGUCUCCAGGGUGCUUGAACAGCAUUUGCAUCGCAUUCCAAGCUAUAAGUUUUUACCUGUUGUACCACAAUUAGUACCCAGGAUAAGUAAUAAUUUGUCAGAUCCAUUUGUCAGGAGAUUAAAUACCUUGUUAGAACGCUGUGCUGUGGAACAUCCUCACCAUGCACUGCCUGUGAUCCUUGCAUUAGCCAACUCAUACAGAGAUCAAGAAGUCACUGGUGGCUUACAGAAGGAGAGGAAGUCAGAGCUUCGAGUGCUGGGGGCAAAACACAUAGUUCAGUGUUUGAAGGCUCGUGAAGAAGUCAGAGCCAUUCUGACACAGAUGGAGGGAGUGGCAACAGCACUUAUUAAUCUGGCAUAUUACGAAGUACAAGGGAAAAGUAAAUCAUAUUCAAUUCAGAGGACCCUCCUAAAGCAGCUGAAAGGGAAUGAACUGGUACUUGUGCCUACAUUGACAAUACCAGUAAAGAGUAAUUGUCAGUAUGAUGACAUUGUUGGAAUUUACAAAUAUGUUGACACCUUCUGUCUUGUUGGAGGAUUGAAUGCACCGAAGAAAAUAGGAUGUGUUGGCACAGAUGGGAUUGAAAGACCACAGCUUAUUAAGGGCAAAGAUGAUCUACGUCAGGAUGCAGUGAUGCAGCAAGUAUUUACUAUAUUGAACACACUUCUGAAGAACAACAAGGAGACACAGAAAAGGAAGCUCCUUAUCAGAACUUAUAAAGUGGUUCCCCUGUCGCAGCGAAGUGGAGUUCUAGAGUGGUGUCAGAACACUGAGCCAAUGGCUGCAUACCUGAUUGGGCCAAAUAGUGCUCAUUGCAGAUACUAUCCACAAGACCUCACACCCCAAGCCUGCAGGAAUGCUAUGCUUGCUGUGGCAGGAAAGUCAAAUGAAAUGAAACUUAAGACUUACAGUGAUAUCUGCAGAUCAUUUCAUCCAGUCUUCCGUUAUUUCUUCUUGGAGAAUUUUCCAACACCGGGAGUUUGGUUUGAACGGAGACUUGCCUACAUUCACAGUGUGGCCACAUCGUCCAUGAUUGGUUACAUCCUGGGACUAGGUGACAGGCACACCGUGAAUAUUUUGGUGGACAAAUCUACAGCUGAAGUGAUUCAUAUUGAUUUUGGAAUUGCUUUUGAGCAAGGCCAUAUUCUACCCACUCCUGAAACUGUACCUUUUAGACUCACAAGAGAUAUGGAAGAUGGCAUGGGUGUCUCUGGAAUAGAAGGAAUAUUCAGGAGGUGUUGUGAGAAGACAAUGUCUGUCCUGAGACAAAACCAGGAAACCAUUUUGACUAUUUUGGAAGUUCUUCUGUAUGAUCCUUUAUAUGCUUGGACAAUAUCCCCAAGCAAGGCUUACAAUAUCCAAGAGCGGACCCACAAAACAGACCUCGAUUAUACUGACCCUGAAGCCACUGCAGGUGAAGUGAAUAGAAUGGCAGAGCGAGCGUUAGUAAGGUUACGACAGAAACUGCAGGGAACAGAAGAGGGGACAGCAACCAGUGUUAGCGGACAAGUAACUCGAUUACUACAACAAGCUCGAGACCCAGGGAAUUUGAGUCGCCUGUAUCAUGGCUGGCAUCCAUACGUUUGAGUGUAUGUGAUUCUGAGAUUUUUAGUGCAUUGCAUUAUUAAUGUAACAUAUAACAUGAUAUGAUUCCAUCUUGGAUCCAGAAAUUUGUCUAGGACAGUGAUAAUAACAAAAGGAAGGUGAGGUCUUGGUGAUUGCCUCACCAUUUCUUUGUUAUUUUGUGUACUGUGAUUGUCUAAGCUGAAAAUAUCAGCAAGAUAUUUGAUCAUCUCUUAGCUUUUUGAUAGGUACACUGAAGCUGACUGUGUCCCUACAUGCUGUGUUUGUCAAUUGGUGAGAUCCAUCCCACUAGUGGGACUCAAACAUUGGCAGGGUGGGACGUAAGGUUUCACAAAUUAAGACAUUCCAUUAUGAGGCUUGUGCAAAUGAAACUGAUUUGGAGAUUACUGUGGGUGAAGAAGUGAGAUCAUUAAAAGUAGUCCCAAUGGGCACUGAGAAAGUAAUCCCACUGAUACACCAGCUGAUGGAUCCCAUCUGCAAAGAACUCAGGCCUGCUGCUGGAACCACUGUGUCAUGGGCUUGAUAUCAUCAUCUGGCCUGAAUCUACUACCCUUUAGUGCUUUUUUCAGGAGUAGAACACAUACAAAUCAUGUGGUGACAGGUCUGAGCUGUAUGAGGAUGGUCCAGCACAUGGAGCACAGUGUGUUUUGGACAGUGGAGGCCAUAUGGGGAUGGGUACUGUUGGGCAACAUGGUCCCUUGAGAACAUUCUGGGACACUUCAUCUCAGUGAUUCCACAGAAGUCUUGGAGGGUUCCACAGUAGUGCUGUGUUGAUAGUGAUGGUUGUGUCAUGGUCCUUGAAUGUCAACAUUAACUUGGUGCUUCCAUUUGGGCAGGUUAUGCACCUUGAAUGUUGGAAUUUUAACCCUUUGACUGUGAAGCCUUACCACAGAACUACCUAGAAGCACCAAGGCUACUUGGGCACAAGUGCAGCUGCACAGAAAAACUGACAGUACUUCCUCAGAUUAUGUUCAAGUAAGCAUUGUUGCAGGUACCAUAGAAGCCUGUUGUUUCCUUGAAACAUUGAUAUAUCAUGCUUAAUGCCAACUAUUGAGAGAAGUGCUGUACUGUGUAAUUAAUAUAGAUGAAAUAUGUGUGGUAGUUCUAAUGCUGGUACACCAAGCUGAUUUGUCUUGUGACUUACAAAGGGUUAACUGUAUCACACUGUUUCCAUUUGUUCUAACAAGCCUAUUCUGUUGCACAGCAUAUGGUAAACUGCUAGUAUGUCAUGCACACAAAUCAUAUGAACAUCUGCAGCUGGAUGUGUUCUCCAGCAGCACCAUGAACAGAUUUCAUGUGAACAACUCUCACACUAUGAUGUAUAUAAUUUUAAAAAUUCACUUCUUGGAAAAAGAUCAGCUUUAUGACAAAACUAUUGGCAGGAUGCAAGAUCCAAAACAUUGAGAACUGUAGCCUACAUGAAUGGUCAAAAUCAACCAAUUUGCAUGGCUGCCUCUUUGUUUGAGGAUAGUAUGUUUUUCUUCUUUUAAUGUUUCUUGUUACAUAUGACAUGUUAUCCUCCAGCAUACAAUUAGAAACAAAUGUAAAGAUAAUGGAUCCUAGUGUCAACAUACUUAAAAUGUGAUGAAUAAAAAGUAUAUUGGGCUGGGCCCAGCAUUGCACUUAA